CAUCGGUCUCGCUCUCGUGAACGUAAACGACGUUCCCGGUCUCGAGACCGACAUGACCGAAGAGGUGGUGAUUCAAGAUACGAUCGAGACUCGCGAAGUCGCUCUCCGGGAUACCGACACGGGCAGAAAGUUUCUAGGCGAAAGAAGCCAUCCAAGUACUGGGACAUACCGCCGGCCGGUUUCGAGAACAUUAAGCCCAUGCAGUACAAGCAGAUGCAGGCCAGUGGUCAGAUACCAGCGGCCCUUUUGACCGCUCCAGGCGUCGCCCCGGUACCAAUUGGCUCAACCAUCACCAGACAGGCCCGCCGACUUUACGUCGGCAACAUUCCCUUUGGCUGCAGCGAAGAGGAGAUGAUGGACUACUUCAACUCGCAGAUGCACUCCUGCGGCUUCAGUCAAGCUCUCGGCAAUCCGGUGCUCGCUUGUCAGAUUAACCUUGACAAGAACUUUGCCUUCCUUGAAUUUCGCUCCAUUGACGAGACGACGCAGGCCAUGGCCUUUGAUGGCAUUGCUUUCAAAGGACAGUCGCUGAAAAUUCGCCGACCUCAUGACUACCAGCCAAUGCCUGGCAUGACGGAGAACCCAGCGUCAAUUGUACCGGGUGUCGUCAGCACAGUUGUGGGCGAUUCGCCAUACAAAAUAUUUAUUGGCGGUCUUCCCAAUUACCUCAAUGAAGAUCAGGUCAAAGAACUACUAAUGAGUUUUGGUCAAUUGCGGGCAUUUAACCUCGUCAAAGACAGUGCCACUGGUCUCAGUAAAGGCUACGCCUUCUGCGAGUACCAGGACUCGACAAUAACUGAUCAGGCAAUUGAUGGCCUAAAUGGCAUGCAGUUAGGCGACAAGCGAUUAAUAGUUCAACGGGCGUCAGUGGGUGCCAAGGCGGGUCAGCUGGGCAUGAUGAACACUGCAAUGAUGUCUGGUCCGGUAGCGAUUCAAGUGCCAGGACUGCAAAUCAGCCAAAUGACCACUGCCAUUGGCAAUCCCACUGAGGUGCUCUGUCUUAUGAAUAUGGUCACACCGGAGGAGCUGGUUGACGAUGAAGAGUACGAAGAUAUUCUCGAGGACAUUCGCGAGGAGUGCGCAAAGUAUGGUGUAGUUCGCUCUCUUGAAAUUCCACGGCCUAUUGAAGGCGUGGAAGUGCCUGGACUUGGAAAAGUUUUCAUUGAGUUCACAAACAAUAACGACUGCCAGCAAGCUCAGCAAAGCUUAGCAGGACGAAAGUUUGCGAAUCGCGUUGUCGUCACAUCAUAUUUUGACCUUGAUCGAUACCAUAGACGAGAGUUUUAG